AUGGCCGCUAGCUGGCGAGACCCUUCUGUCGAGCAGGAAGGCCAGGCGUCGUUGUCUAGCCAUCAUGAUGACGGCAACGCGCGCAAUUUCCGAGGCGAACGGAACGAGGCGUCAGACAAGUUACUGCUUGCCGAAACUCUCGCAGCGUACUACAUGAAGGAAACCGGUGGCCUAGUUGCUUGUCAUGGUGGUCAAAGUGGCAUGGUCUCGACACGGCUAUGGCGAGUCAGGAUGAAUAUAUCUUGGCCCAUGGAUGAAGAACGCGUGGUGAAUGAGGGAAGCGGGUCUAUCGUGCCUGGCUGCUCUGCUCUCAGAGCGGAUGGCGGUUGCGCAUCUGUCGAGAUGUCUCAGAAAAACAGGUGCGCACGCGUCCUGCUUCCACAAGCGCAUCGGGACCUAGGUCUUCCUCGCGCACCUUCCUCUCCCCCUACCCAAGGUACCGUGUACCGGUACCUUCCCCUCCAUUCUACCCUCUCCAAUCUUGCCAUCGGCACCAGUCUGGUAUCGUCCGUGAUUCAUUCUCCCCUGUUUCUAGAAUUCAAUGUUUCGAAACACAAACGAGCUGCCGUCGUCCCAGGAACUGCAUCGCCCUGUACCUGUGCACCCUGCAAGCACACGCGCCCAUCGAGUCCCAGCACCGGCAUCAGUGCGAUCCGCGGCAACGGCGACAGCAACGGCAACGCCUUCAUCACCAACCCUCGCCUCCACUCUCAGCGUCGGAAUCACCAUGCUUCCGCUGCUCCCGGCGUCAGGCCAGCUGCGGCACUUGGACACACUGAGCCAACACACGGCCGCCUCACUUGCCAAGUUUACUAUCAAGAGAUAUGCACCAUCUUCUGA